AUGAGCCUAUGUGGCAGGAAGGCGCUGACGUUGCUGAGCAGCGUGUUCGCUGUUUGCGGCCUGGGCCUGCUGGGCAUCGCCGUAAGCACCGACUACUGGCUUUACCUGGAGGAAGGCGUCAUCCUUCCUGUCAACCAGAGCACCGAGAUACGCAUGUCGCUCCACUCUGGCCUCUGGAGGGUUUGUUUCCUGGCAGGGGAGGAGAAAGGUCGCUGUUUUACCAUUGAAUAUGUGAUGCCUACUAAAGUCCAGAUGACUUCGGAGUCCACAGUUAGUGUCCUAAAAAUGAUCCGUUCAGCCACACCUUUUCCACUGGUCAGCCUCUUCUUCAUGUUCAUUGGUUUUGUCCUCAGCAACAUUGGUCACAUUCGACCACAUCGCACCAUCCUGGCCUUUGUUUCGGGAAUUUUUUUCAUUCUAUCAGGUCUGUCUCUAGUUGUUGGUCUAGUAUUAUACAUUUCAAACAUCAAUGAUGAAAUGUUGAAUAGAACCAAAAGUAACGAGGCCUACUUCAGCUACAAGUACGGAUGGUCGUUUGCUUUUGCAGCCAUCUCCUUCCUUCUAACCGAGGCGGCUGGUGUGAUGUCCGUGUACCUGUUCAUGAAGCGCUACACGGCCGAGGAGAUGUACCGGCCCCACCAGGGCUUCUACCGGCCUCGCCUCAGCAACUGCUCAGACUACUCGGGCCAGUUCCUCCACCCUGAUGCGUGGGCCGGGCGCGGUCGCAGCCCCUCAUCCAUCUCUUCCGAGGCUUCCCUCCAGAUGAAUUCCUCCAACUACCCCGCUCUCCUCAAGUGUCCCGAGUACGAACAGAUGUCCUCCUCACCAUGCUGA